AUGAGCGAGCCAAUAAUAAUUUGGAAGGCAGGAAAGACUAGGACAGAUCAAGAGAGGAUCCAAAAACAUAAAUUGAUCAAGAGAGACCUGCUGGAUGGCUGCAUUGUGGGUAAGAUGAAGUUCUGUGAGCACUGUGUUUUUGGUAAGCACAAGAGGGUAAAAUUCAAUGCAUCUGUUCAUAUCACCAAAGUUGGUUCUGAUGAGGAGCAGCAACAUGUUAGCGUGCAGGUGGAGCACGUAGAUGAUCAGGAAACUGAAAUUGUUGAUAACAAUGUUCAUGAUAUUGUUCAGCACUCACCUCCUGUUUUGCAGCCUCAAAAUCAGUCUAUUGUAGAUCGCAGAACAAAGAGGAAUUGUGGACCUCAUCCAUGUUUAAUUGAGGAAUGUGAUAUGGUUCAUUAUACCUUUAGUUGUGCUGAACAAGUGGAGAACAUUCAUGAGCCGGCUAUGUACACUGAAGUUGUUGUUUCUGGUGACCGCGAGAAGUGGAUUUCCGCUAUGCAAGAGGAGAUGCAGUCACUCGAGAAAAAUGGCACAUGGGAUGUUGUGCGCUUGCCCAAGCAAAAGAAGGCCGUUCGUUGUAAAUGGAUCUUCAAGAGAAAGGAGGGUUUAUCUCCUAGUGAGCCUCCAAGACUUAAGGCAAGUUGUAAAGCAUAG